UCGAGAAGAGGAAGGGGCCGGGAAGACAGGACGAUGCAUCCAGGUGCAGUUGCUGUUGGAGCAGCAGGUGGUGCGGUGAUGGAGGUGCGCGCGGUCGCGAGGGCCGGAAUCAUACUCGGCUUGGCGAUGGCCGCCAUAGCUCUCGUCGCCGCCACCAUCAACCCAAGCGACUUCCACGCCCAGAUCAUCAAGCACGCGGCGCCGGCACCGGCGCCGGCGUCCGGAGCACAGCAGUGCGCGGCGACGCAGGCACAAGUGCUGGACCUGCGUGGGUUAGCGCUGGAUCUGGUGCUCAUCGGGGUGGUGCAGGCGGUGUUCGCCUUGGCGGCCGACGUUGCCGUAGCGGGAUCGCGCCGCAACCUGGGCGGCUGCCUCGCCGUCAUAGCGCACUUCAUCGGCUUCAUCAACGCCUGGUUCCUGUGGGACGUCGUCAAGGGUGCGGCGGUCGUCGCCGUUGGCCACUGCGCCGGCGAGCACCUCGCCUACCUCGUCAUCUGCUUCGUCCUCAUCGCCGUGUCCUACGCCGUGCUGCUCGGCGUCAGCCUCGCCGUCACAUGCUGCUCGUAGGACCGAAGCUACACACUGUACUGGCAGCCACUGAUCCCCUGUAGCAUCCUUGAUGCAUCUAUCUUCUUCUACCUAGCUAGAGCUACUCCGGGGACGGUGCAUCAAUCGAUCUUAGUGAAUGAUUAGUAUACUAGGGUAGAUAAGAAUAUUACGGCGCCUGUAAUGUAAGAUCUGGCUAGCUACUUGCUCUCUCUGAAAUGUGUUUACACCGUUCA